AUGCUUUUCUCACAGUUACAAAUAUUUGGAUCCAGGAUAUUUCCCAUUACAAAGAUCUCAGACCUGCUGACUGGACAAGGCCCACCUUUCGAUAUUGCUCUGGCUAAUCACCUUUAUGCUCCUGUAUCCGUGUAUAAUACUAAGUUUCAGAAACUGACCACGCCAAACGAUGUGUCAACGGCAAAUCCUACUAAAUUUGACUUUCGUCAUUUCCAACCACAAAAUCCCAAGGCAGUAGGCGCCCCUUACUAUGUAGAAGAAAUUCGUCCAAAAAAGACCCUCAGCCGUACACCCAACUUCCAUUUACCAGGUAUUUUAGGGUCUGAGUUCUACACUCAAGACUCCCAAUAUAAACAACUACGACCAAAACCUGUCACCUCCACCCCUGAACCACUACUGAACGUAUAUAAAGAGCAAUUUAACUUUGGCCCGUUUAUACCGAUUGCCUACAACCAGCAGCAACCGCCAGUUAAAGUCAAACCUGAAGAAUUAGGCUUUGACUACGAAAAUCAAGAAGGUAGCCGAGAAGAUAAGGAGCAGGGAUUAGACAAAGCUACAACAACUUACAGAAAUGAAAAGCCAAACAACCCAUAUAUUGACGCAAAGACAUACCACGCUCAUCCAGAUGGAGCCAUAAGUUACACACGUUUUAUUCACAAUCAAGCUAUUUUGGAUGCACAACCUGAUUCCCAGAUCUUAUACAAUAUACCUCCUAAAACACAGCAACAAACUUUCGGACCAGAACUCGGUCAAAGAGAGAACAUUAAUGUUCCUGAGCCACCAUCGUCCAAGCCCAGUAAUGGUAUAGCUCCUCAACAGUAUGUGCCAGUUUCGCAGACGCUGCGACAGUUUCACCAACCACUUAUUAAACCAGCACCUUUCCAAAGUAGAUUUCAUCUAGAAAAUUUAUCGGGUUCACAAUUUGCUAUUCCACAAAGUCCACGUCGUCCCGUAUAUUAUUUACAUCCAAUAGGGAACUCGCUUAGUGAAAUUCGACCAAGUCUUGCUUCGGAAUCUUUAGAUCAAGCUACAAAUAAUUCUGUUGCCGGAGAUACAUUUGUACCUUCUGCGCAACAAACAUUAGAACCUACACAAACUAGAUUUACAGCUCAACCGAAUUCUCAAGACUCACUUCCAGUACUACGUCAUUACACACCUUUACCUGCUGCAAUAACAUACUAUCAGUCGGUCGCGCCUUUAAGCAAAGACCCGGUUACCUUACAACCACAAAUUCAGAAUACACCAAAAUCUCCACCAUCUAGCGACCAAGUUUUACAGUCGACAACUAGGCAACCUGAAACUAUAAGCGAUACUCCAAGAGAUGUAAAUGCAGAACCAAAAUAUAAAUCUCAGGAGUCAACUUCUUUAACUUCACCAACAUUGCAAUCCUUUCUUGAAUCACCUGCGACUUUACUAUCUAUAUCGUCCCCGCAACCAACUAAACAUUACUUACCUUCAACACCACGAACAGAAAUACUAACAUCUGCCCAACAAACACAUGUUCAAGCUACACCACAUGACCAAGUUCAAAUACAACAGCAGAACCUUCAGGAGAUACAUUCAGAACUAGCACCUGAAAGACAAGAUAAUGCCCAGCAUUUAAAAAAAUUAACUCAAGAAGACCACCAAUCCUUGCCACCUACACCCGAAUAUGUUCCAACCACGCCACUGCCUACUGAGAAAUCUAGCCCGGACUACGAAAUAGAAAUUGCAUCCCAUAUUGAUCAUAAUCAACUGCCUAAAGACCUCCAGCCAGUGACAACAGCACAACCAACAAAUGAUCUGGUAGAAAAUCGUGGACAGCAAGUUCAACAAUUCUAUUCACCGAAUAACACAUACAUAUUAGCAAGACGACCUUACAUUGUACCUAUCCAAUCUUUCGGAGAACCACCUUCAUACCAGAAUAUAAACUACCAUGAUCCUAAUUCUCUUUUCCUCGGUCAAUCUCUAGCAACAACUCAACCUUUUAUUCAGCCUGGAGCCUUUUCCAAUGUCCAAGAAUUAGUGUUACAACCGCAUUUUCAACAAACAUCUAGUUUUCCCCCGGUACAAUACUAUGGCAAGUAUGCUCAGUCUAUAUUUGGUGGAGUUUGA